CAGUGGAUUUCCUACAAAACUGCAGAAGAACACGGUGGUUUACUCGAAAUUCACCAUAGCUGAGGGGAGAGGGUCGGAAGGCGGUGGUGGUAGAGAGGGCAUCCUGGACGGCAAUAUUGCGACUUCGGCAGUGGGUACGGAGCUUUCGGACGGCCGAGUAGCCCUUGCCGUCACCUCGGGCACCACCACCACGACCAAAGCAGCUCGCGACAGGGACCAGCCGCUCGGUCCCUCCACCCAGAAGCGCAUGGCUGCGCGGGAACGUGUCUUCGGUGGACUAGCGCUAUUCUUCUUUCUAUUGUCACUACUGCUAUUCGUUGGGUUAUUAUAUUUGUACCUCAGCAAUGAUAACGAGGAUAUAUGCAUGUCACCGGGAUGCAUACGAACAGCGUCGGUGAUUUUGUCGUCGAUGAACUCUUCGGUGGAUCCAUGCACGGAUUUCUAUGAGUACGCAUGUGGUCAGUGGAUUCGAGGGCAUCCAAUUCCAGACGAUGCUCCAUCCGUCAGCAACUUUGAAAAUCUCGGCCAAGAUUUGGAGUUUGCCUUGAAGGAGUUGCUCGAGGAAAAAAUAGGCCGAGACGAUCAAAACGAUACGAAGAGCGCCAUAGGCAAAGCAAAGUUCUUCUACAAACUAUGCCUAAAUGAAUCAGAAAUCUUCGACAAUUGGCGAACAACGUUUGAUGAGGUGGUCGCAUCAUUCGGAGGUUGGCCAAGCUUGGGGCAUCGCUUACCGGACAAUAUCUCCCUCGAACAACUGUACGGAAAAAUGGUGGCGAAAUUUCGAGCUGACUCGCUGUUCAAAGCCACUGUCCAACCGGACGAUAAGGACUCGGAGAAGCACGUUUUAUUAAUUGACCAGCCGGCGCUCAACCUAUUUGCCCGAGAUUUCUAUGUUCUAGCGGAGAAUGAAGAGCGCUUAGCGUACUUGCAACUAAUCAGGGACGUGCUAGUUCUACUACAUGCACCUUCGGAGUCAGCCACUCUUGAUGCAGAGGAGAUUAUCGAGUUUGAGACAGCCUUAGCCAAUAUCACAAUGGCUGACGACCAACGACAUGACAUCGCAGAACUUUACACGAAAAUGACUCUUGGAGAGAUGAACCAGCAGCUACCUAACUUUGAUUGGCAGCUCUUUUUCAACGCAGUGUUUCGUGAUAUAACUGACAAGAACGGCAGUAGAAUAUCGUUUGAUGCAAACGCAGAGGUUGUAGUUUACGGAGUGGAUUUUCUUCGACGUUUGGAUAAGUUGUUACCACAGUAUGAGAAAAGAAGAGUCGUCAACUAUCUGGAGUGGUGCUGGUUUUUCAAGACAAUGUUGAGAGACCUGCCUGAUCCAUUUGCACUUACCAUAUUCAAAUUCUACAAAACUCUCAAUUUAAUGAAUGUGCAAAAGGUUCGGUGGCAUGGUUGUGUAACCAGAAUCAACAAUCUCAUGCCAAUGGCCACAUCUUCCAUCUAUGUGAAGAAUCAUUUUGAUCACGAGGCUAAAAAGCAAGUCGAGGAAAUGAUUAGCCUCAUUAUGGAAGCGUUUGUUGAUCUUCUCGUGUCGGAGGAUUGGCUCACUGAGGAAACAAAAGAAUUUGCUAAGCAGAAGGUUCGCACUAUGAAACAGAAGAUAGGCUAUCCAGAUUAUCUGAAUGACCCAGUUGCAGUUGAUCGCGAGUAUCGCUUGUUUGAGGUUUAUGAUCAUCGUUAUUAUAAGACGAAGUUUCAAUUCUACGAACAAUAUCAACGUGAUGUCUUGGAGCGAAUAGCUCAACCCGUGGACCGUGAGAGAUGGGUCGCUGGAGCUGCGCUGGUCAAUGCGUUCUAUAGUCCCAACACCAAUGAAAUAAUAUUCCCAGCCGCUAUUCUUCAGCCUGUAUUCUACAGUAAAGAUUUUCCAUCUCCAAUGAACUUUGGUGGAAUAGGAGUGGUGAUUGGUCACGAAAUUACGCAUGGAUUCGAUGAUAGAGGUCGUUUGUAUGACAAUCUUGGCAAUAUUCGACAGUGGUGGGAUAACGUCACUAUUGCAAAUUUCGAAAAAAAGGCUGAAUGCAUAGAAAAACAGUACUCAGAGUACGUAUUGGAUCAAAUAGCGAUGAAGAUUAAUGGAAGAAGUACCAAAGGAGAAAAUAUCGCGGAUAAUGGAGGCCUUAAACAAGCUUAUAAGGCCUUCAAGAAAUAUCAACAAUCGCAUCGUACCCCUCCACGGCUACCCGGGGUGAAUCUUACACAUGACCAGCUAUUUUUUCUCAACUACGCACAGAUAUGGUGUGGAACGAUGAACGACAAAGAAGCUGUCCGCAAGUUGAGGACGUCUGAGCAUUCCCCUGGCCCAAUAAGGGUGAAAGGUCCUCUAUCAAACAGUGUGGACUUCGCAAAGGCAUUUAGUUGUAAGGAGGGUUCACCGAUGAAUCCAACGCAGAAAUGUAGGCUUGCUACCCCCAAUGUUCAUGCAAUUAAGUUGACGAAGGUACUUAAAGCGAUGUGGUUGAGGAGGGGUGUGGCCUUCGGGCACACUCUCCUCACUCUACAUCUCGCCUUCCUCUUAGUUAUGAUCGCACCGUGGUUUAUUCUGCUGUGUGCUACAUUGGUCACCGUAUCCGGCAGGUUACAGAUGCGUGAUGUACCUGACAUGCAAUGGUUCGAUUCGGUCACGUCGAAGAGGGAUGCUGGCUACUGGAACGACUGCGAGUUCAGCCCAAUGAGUUGCGUUAGAGGGAUUGGUCGGAAAUUCAUGACAACUUCCCAAGUUGUAUUGAUAAGGAAACUAGAUAGACUAUCUAUCAAGGGACAGGAGGGACUGGUCGGAGAUGAGUCUCUUUGUCCUGGAAGUCGCAGCGUUUAUGACAACUUCCCAAGUCGUAUUAAAGAAGGAAACUAUAUGUGACUGAAACAGUUGUCAUAAAAUGGUGGAUGUCCUUUAUAUUGAUUUAUCUAAAGCAUUUGAUAGGGUCUGUCAUGAUAUGCUAGUGAAGAAACUCAAAAUGAUAGGCGUUGAUAACCCGCUGCUCGCAUGGUUUGAUUCGUAUCUGCACAACCGCUAUAUGAC